GAGUCUCCAUGCAUGUUUGAGAAAAAUCGAUUUAAUAAAAAAAUGUUUUUUAAUUCCACAUGUGCGGAAAUAUUGCCAUUUAGUCCGUAAUCCAAAACAUCACGUUGUGGUGAUUUAGUCAUACGGCCGCAAUAUAUUCUCAUAUAACAUUGCCGGUUUAGGCCGGUACAAUGCCGGUUGAGUAAGCAGGAUAUUAUAAAUGUGCUAUCCAUACCACGGCAACAAAAGGAAUAAAAUAGUCGUCCGUACCUCGUAUCGUAUUUUUUACUACUUGCAAUAUUAGUUUCGUAAAUUACAUAUUCUUAGUGUUAUUCGGAAAUCACCCAUAAUUACACUAUUACAGAAUUAAUUUUCUGAGAUACGACUCUUUAUUUUACAAUAUGUUUCAUUUUUCAUUCAAGAUUGCAGCGUAAAAAAUCAUAUUUAUUCAACAAAUAAUAACGUACUUAAAAGUUAAUUUCUUAACCUAGGUAGGUUACAUUUUUUACCGUCAUUCUAAAGCCUAAAAAAUUCGUUUUCUUGGGAGCCUUUUUCAAAUUUUGCAGUGAGACGUGUCGUUUCGGUUCUCAAUUUUGCAGCAAACAAGUAUCAUUUGGGCCAUAUUUUUUUUCAAUUCAAUACACCAUAUCUUGUACGAGGGGCUGAAAUGAUUUAAAAUCUAAAUCUCAUUUAAAAAAAUAUAUAAAAUACCUUCUGCGAGUACCCCAUUUUUUUGGUGAAAAGAUUGUUACAUUACAUUAUGUAUUUUUCCAGAAAACUCUACUUAUAUUUUGCCCCCAGAAAAUAUUAAAGCAAACUAUAACUUUAUGUUUAUGAAAAAUACUAUUCCUGCUGUAGCCGUUGCCAUCAAUAUAUUUUAUAAAUCACGCUGCGCGCUCAGUCUUCGCCGAGCGCGCUUAGAGGACGGACUCUGCGUUCGAUCGUCCGGCGUGCGUUUCGUUCGCGAUAUAGAUAGUUCCGAGUAGUCUGUAUACUGAGCCAAUAAUUUAAACCAGUAGGUAUUUUCUUAGAAUAGACCGUGAGCAUUUGACUAUGGGCAGAAAACGUAAGAACCAAACUUAUGGAAAAGUGAAACGCAAAUCUGUGGCGGCCAUAAUAAAAAAGAAGAAGCAAAUGGAAAUGUGUAAUGUGGAUUUAACGACUCCAAAGCCGAAUAGGAAGGCGGCAUUUCGACCUAAAACCCUAGCAUUCCUAUGUAAAAGAGUAAUCAUUAAAUACAAACUCCAACCCGAGAAAAAGAAGUUUACAACUCCUGAGACAUUUUCCGUUGUUGGUGGAAAACCUUUAAGAAAGAGAUCAGUAAAACCACCACCAGCAAAGAAAGAAAAGAAAGGAAAAAAUCCAGAAAGCCUAGUGGCGCUUUGCCAAAUUGUCAUACAAGAAUACAAUCUUUUACCUCAAUGCGAAGAGACUGAACAACCGGCAUCUAACCAAUUACUAAUUAAAAAAAACGCACCUUCGAGAAAACGGGGAAGACCGCGGAAGCCAGAAUCAACUAAGCCAAUUAGGGAAACAAAACAAAAAAAGAGGGGAAGACCACGUAAAGAUCAGAUAGCUUCAAAUGAAUAUGGCGAACCUUCCAUUAAUUACUCGACUUUUCUAGCACAAUCACAGGAUAUAAGAAACAUUAAAGUAGAACAAGACCUCUUCUUGGACCGGCCUCCUGAAGACGAUCCUUUACAACAAGGUGAAGAUGAAUACACAAUUUUGAUAAAAGAAGAACCCAUCGACAUUGAACAUGAUGAACUUGCUGGGCGUGUUCCCAUCACUAUCGAUGUUCCUCAGGCUACAGCUCAAGGAAUAGUCAUAAACCCAAUGGCCCAAGUAGAGGUACCUGGUCCUUAUGGCCGGAUAACAGAGCCAAAAAAUAUGACCGUAGUCAUGGAUGAAUACCAGAUAUUUGCCAACAGUGUAGCUGAACAAUUACGAGCAUUGCCUCCUAAUAGAGCACUACUGCUGCAACUUGAUAUUCAAUCUAUGAUCGAUAAUGAAAAACAGCUUAUUGGACAUGAAAGUUAAUGUGAUACGUGUAAAAAAAUACAUGUGAUAUCAUAGUUUAUUAAUACUGACAGUGCUCAAAGACUGAUUAUAUUAUUAGACUGGUUAACUUUCAUCAGUGAUUAAUAUUAUUAUUGCAUUUCUUCAAGUGUCCCCAUUUAUAUUUUAAGUGCAUUGUGAUACUCUUUGUUUUAUAUCUUUAAGUUUUUGUAUUGUGUAGCUAAAGAACUUUUCUUUUUUCUAAGGAAAAGAAGAUAUCGACACUAAAAUAAUUGCAUUGUCAUUUGUGUUAAAUGAUCACUAUGAUCAGGUGUCGGCCAUGUAAAGUAAAUAUUGUCAGAGUGAUUUUGUUCAGUUAUUUAAGAAAAUAGCGUGCAUUCAAAAUGUUCGUUGUAUUCUUGACUGCCAAAAUGGUUUACAGAAUACAUGAUUUUAAAUUUA